AUGGACGGCUUUUCAACAAACAACAACAUUGAAGAUAGAAAUAUUAAUACACAUUAUCAACCUGAUUAUGCAAUAAGUAAUCAAGAUAAAACUCAACUUCGCCAAUAUCUUGGAAACUUAGGAGGCUAUGAAACGUAUGCAUCAUCAACUACACAAUUACCACAUCCGUCUGUUUCAAGAAAAUAUGAACAACAACCAAAUCAAUUAAACAGUAGAAAUAGAAACUACGUUAAUUCAAAUUUCGCUUUAUCGAAAAAUGUGGCGUCAAAUAGCCCAUUAAAUAUACACCAAAGAACCAUUGCAACACAAGAAUUUAUCUAUCCACCUAUACCAAAUAGAGUGAAUAGACAAAAUUCAGUUAAUAAAACAGUAAGGCAUCAACGAUCAGAAUCUCUCAACAUGGCAACAUCACCAACAAAUACACAAUUAUUUUCUGAUAGAAAUUUUGCACCUUACGGUUGGAGCACAGAGAUAGUUAAUUCAAAUGUUUCAGAUUCAAUAAUUAACGAUGCAUUUCCUGAUCAACUAUAUACCAGUUCAUCGACAAAUGUGUUAAAUACAAAUGUAUCGAGUAAUAUUGACCCAUCGAUAUCAUCCCUUAUUUCAGCACCACCAGGUUGGCAAACAGAACGUAUUUCUAAUCAUAGUACAGGUUCAAGAAAUUAUAUCAACACAACAAAUGAAGUGUUACAUCCACCUGUUAUAACAACUACAAAUGUUGUUACAUCACCAACAGCUACAACAAGUUGGCGAACGGAUAACAUUCGAUCCACUAAUGGUUUAUCAUUACCAACAUCCUCUCAAUAUUACAGCAAUGUUGUGGAUCAACGACAGUCUCGACUACGGUCAUUCAGUGCCGAUUCACAUCGUUCAUCUAGUCCUUGGAAUACAAUAAACUCUACUCAAGCGCCAUUAAUUACAUCAUCAUCACACUCAUCGAUAAGGAAUUUAGUUCAUUCUCAACAACCACCAUUAAUUAUUCGAAAACAUCUUCCAAAUGAUCUCGUUACAUAUAAACAGAAUGUUUCAGUACGAUUUCUUAAACCUCCAACUCCACCACCGCCUGGACCAGUUAUUAUUCGUGAGGUUCGACCGCCUCCACCACGUCCUCAAUCACCAAUUCGGUACCGUCAAAGACCCCCACCUCCACCUACACCACCACCGCUGUUUUUAAGAGAAGCACCACCUCCCAUACCACCACGUUUACCAACUCAAGUUGUCGAAAAAAUAAUUCCACCACCGCCCAGACCACCUCCACGGAUCAUCGUUGAACGCCUCGGCGCUCUGCCUGCAAAACCUCGGGAUGUUGUUAUUGAAAGAUGGUUGCCCUAUCGUCAAAAUCGAAAUCGAAAAAUAUUCUACGAACGAGAUUCAGUACCUUACAACAUUAUACGAGAACCAAACGAAUUAAUUUUACAUGCGUCUCCACACGCUCGUAUUCAUCGACAAUUUAUAAAUGAAGGUGUCGUGCAUGCUGAUCCUGAACUUUAUCGUAGGCAAUAUGCUGCUGACUUAGACGGUUACAGGUCACAUCCUGAGUUUGCACAUGUUAUUAAUGAAGCAUAUCAUCAAAUUCCUCCACCCUCAUUACACGCCAACUAUUCAUCUAACAUAUCUAGCUACGGUUACGAUAACUAUCCAUAUAAUUAUUCUUCUGGAGCCGGAUUAUCAUCGUACUCCGGCAGUUCAGAAAAUAUAUAA